CUGUCUGGAACCGGGCGACCGCUGAGCGCUGCGAUUCCAGGAACUUCACCCACCACGAUCUCUUGGGUUAGCGCACGUGAAGUGAAUUGAGGGCGCUGGCAAUCUCGCGAUCACGCGCUUGGUGGGGGACGGCCCUAUAAUCGGCGACGGCGUUCGACGGCGAUCUCUCGUGUCGGGUGGGGCCGCACAAGUUUGGGAAGUCGGUAAACAACGAUUUGCUCUUUUGAAACGGAACUUUAAGAUGAAAUAUUACUCGCAAAGUCACUGCAAAUGGGCUAUGUUUCUCAUCGUCCUUUCCCUGCCACGGGUCGACUCUGCCAACCAGUUUAGCCCUGCUGGUCGCCGAAUCCGUAGACAAAUAAAUGCAUGUCAAGAUGGAAAUUACACAGUUAAUGGAAAGACCUGUUGUCUGUGUGCAGCUGGUCAGCUACUAACUAAGGAGUGUGAAGUUAACCCAGAGGACAGAGAUUGUGAGUUCUGUGAGCCGGGGAGAACGUACAACAACAAGCCUAAUUCCGAGACCUUCUGCGAGCAGUGUACCUCCUGCACUCAGCCCAAUGCCAAUCUUGAGGUGAAGGAAGAAUGCACCACCGCCAAGGACACUGCGUGUCGGUGUAAACAGGGCUACUUCUGCCUCAGCGAACCCUGCAUCAGCUGUAACCCCUGUAAUAAGUCAAGGUGCGAGGAACUUGGUGUCAAGAAUUCCUGCACGGGAACCAAGGAUACGGUCUGCAAAGAGAGGAGCGAAGUCCCUGCAGCGAUCCUACCUGUCGCUAUCAUUUUUGGGAUAGUGCUUGCGGCAGCGGUAGGGUUCGCAUUCGCAUUCGCAGCUUGGAAGAUGAAAUGGUGUUGCUUCAAAACUUCCAAUGUAGGAUUUGAGGGGACGGAUGGGAAAUAUGUUGAAAGUUCUUCACUGGCACUACUUGAAGAUGCAUACCUUGAUAAAGACGGGAACUUCUCCAAGCUUAUCCCAGACAUCGCCAGCCUGGUUGGAUGGGGCGAUAUGAGGAACAUCGCCAUGGCGGACGGCUUCAAGAAAACCAUCCUCGACAACAUCCAGCAAAACAACCCUAAGCAAGCCGAGGAACAGACCAUUUCGCUUCUGACUGAGUGGGAGGAAAAGCAUGGCAGGGAGGCCGCCAGGAUGCUGAUGAAAGCGCUGUUGAAGAACAACAAAAAUUCCAAAGCGCAGGCAUUGCAAGGCAUCAUUCGGAGUGACAGAAGCAAUAAACCAGCAUCUGCCACUCCUUGAAUAGUUUGGUACAUUGAUUAGCAUUUCUACAAUUCGGAAUUAUUACCUCACAGGGACUUUCCUUCUGGUCACACAGAACUAUCCAAGACACUAGGCAUUUUUACACUGCAAAGCAAGUACCGCUGUUGCGUGGCAGAUGUUACAAUUUCACUGUCUUGCCUGUGUAGAACAGAGGGGGUGUAUUCCUCCUUCGUCAAGGAGCCGGCUAUCUUGGUUCGUUGGGAGUAGGUCGGACUACGCACGGAGAACUCUUUAGAAAAAUGUGCACUGCAUCCUCAGAGUUGAAUAUUUCGUUUUAUUCAAGCCAGUCCCAUUGAAUAAUCAGUAGGGUACAUCUGAGUGCAGGCUACAAACCUGAUUCAUUAUUUACAAAUUCCAAAAAAACUAAACAUUUUCUUUAUUUGCUAACCACUUGUUUUUUAUCCUGAUGGAAGCCUUGUAAGGAAAGUUCUGCUACUUUGUCAGAUGGAACCAUCUUUCACCGUCUUCGUUAAAUGCGACGGCAUCACCUUCUCCAUUAUGGUCAGAAGCUCGCUGAUUUCACCGUCUCUCCAAUUAGAUCUACUCAUGUUGCUACGUCGUCAACACCUCUACCCAAGACCUGCCCCUGGUACCGCAAUGCUGUUUAAUUAAGGUGAAAAUAAAACCCCAAAUAUCUGUUGGAUUUGAGAUGGGACAUUGGGGUGCGAAAUCUAGACGAUAUAUUACCUUGUUAAGUGUAAACGCGCAGACCAUGCCGUGAAAAAAAAAGACGGGCAUAUUUGGCGCUUUUUGACGUGGGAUGAUUACAUCCCCUAGAGAUGUAUUUGUUGAGGCACACAAACCGUCGCAAUUAUCGAUCAAAUUUAUUCUGCUUAAAUUAUACAAACAUAUUAUUGUCUGUAUUUAACAAAAAAAUUAUAUAUAAAGGCUAUAAAUGUCCGCGCCACACAAGCAAGCGCUUUGGGUGGGCAGAGGGAUUUGGGGCACUUGCAAGCACCCAUCUCCAUCCUCAGGACCCAUGGGGAAAUUCACGUGUUAUCACGUGUGUUGAGCUGGAAAAUAACUAUCGCGCUUCCUUAUGAUGAAUAAAGUUGACAAGACACUGUUAUCUUGGGGCAGUGUAUUAUUUUCUACCGUGCUCAUCAUUCAUAAAUGAGUAUUAUGUGUUCACCCUAUUUUUCAGAUUGAUUCACCCAGUCCUGCCAAGUUUUCAGAAAACUUUGGAGUUUGCGCUGCACAUUGGUUUGGAGCACGUUCUGGGUCGCCACCACGCGCUGAAAGCAGGACUAGGCUACUUAUAGCCUACCUAUAGCUCUGAGCCUACCCAUUUCCCAAGUUUCAUAACAUCUAAUCCUUACCCAAACCAUUACAACAUUAUAGGUGCCACUGAUCACUAUCAACCACCGACCGGGUAUGGGGCUUUUUUAACUGAUGAUUUCAAUAAAGCUUGUUUAGUAGACACAA